UAAAGGCUCAUGAAGUUUGUGUAAGGUUUAAGGUUGAAGGAUUACAUGCGCAUCAAUCUCUUACACUUUUCAGUUGGCAUGCCUUCGGACAAUCCCAUCCUCAGGAAGGUUACAUGGAGCAUUCAAGACACCUAGUAAAAUGUUGUGGAGGGGUUCCAUUAGCUCUUCAAGUUCUGGGAUCUUCUCUAUUUGGAAAAACAGCAAAUGUAUGGGAAAAUGUAGUACGCAAGUUAAAGGAAAAUGCAGUACCCACCUUAGACGUGAUUACUGAGGGAAAAAUUCAAAAGAUUCUUUGCAUAAGUUUUGAUUCUUUACAAGAUCAUGAUAAAUGUUUAUUCCUCCAUAUAGCCUGUUUCUUCAUAGGAAAAGACAAGGAUUUUGCAACUACAAUCCUUGAUGAAUGUGAUUUUGCGACAGAAGUUGGACUUCAACACCUAGUUGAUAGAUGCCUUGUGGAAAUUAAUGCCCGCAACAAGUUAACCAUGCAUCAAUUGCUUGAAAACAUGGGAAGGGCAAUAAUUCACAAUGAAUCACCUGAGGACCCUGGAAAACGCACUAGACUGUGGCAUAAAAAAGAAGCAAGUGACGUUUUGAGAAAUUUAACGGGUAAGAGAAGUAUUAAGGGCCUCAUGCUCCACUGUCCCUCAACAUUUGAAACAAAGGCAUUUACAAAGAUGCUCAAUCUUGAACUACUUCUGCUUGAUAAUGUAAAGUUGAGUGGAAGCUAUGAAGAUUUUCCAAAAAAAUUGAUAUGGCUGUCUUGGCGAGGAUUCUCUUUAAAAUCAAUACCAGCCAAUUUUUGUAUGGAAAAUCUAGUUGUUCUCGACUUACGGAAGAGCAGUCUGCAACAUGUUUGGAACGGAACCAAGAAUCUUACAAGAUUGAAAAUUCUUAAUCUCAGUCAUUCACAUGGCCUUAGGACAACAUCUGACUUGUCCGGACUCCCUAACCUUGAGAAACUAAUUCUCAAGGAUUGCAUUAAUUUGGUUGAUGUUGAUGAAUCCAUUGGAAACUUGGGGAAACUUGUUUUCUUGAAUCUAAAAGACUGCAAAAGUCUUAUGAAGCUUCCAAAAAGAAUGAAAAUGUUGAGGUCUCUUGAGGAACUUAUUCUUACUGGUUGCUCAAAGCUUGGUCCUCAUGACAGUGCCACGGUUAUUGAUUUACUCGCUACAUCUAGGGAUAUGAAUAAACUUAGACUGUUAUCAACUAUAUCAUGGACACCUAUCAGGUAUUGGUGGAUGUGGGCAUGGCCGAGAAAGACUCUUCAAUCAACCAGUUUCUCACUGGCAAGUUUGCCACGUUGUUUGGGAAGCUUAAGUCUGUCUUACUGCAACGUGUCAGAGGUUCCCAAUGAUCUGUGUACACUAUCUUUGUUGAAGCAUUUGAAUCUAACUGGUAACCCAAUUUUGCCUACCACAAAAAAUGAAGAGUCUUAUUAUGCUCGAGACUCUUUUGUUAGAUAAUUGCACAAACCUCGAAAUUCUUCCAGAGCUCCCACCAAGGUUGAAGAGGUUAGAAGCAAAGUAUUGUACUUCAUUGAAAAGAUUAACAAAUUUACCAAACUUGUUCAGAUCAUUGGAAUCACUUUUUUGGGGUUGUGAGCAUUUAGUUGAAGUUGAAAGCUUGUUGAAUAUAAAACCGGUGAGAAGCGCUGACAUAGAAAUGACAAGAUAUAUGGGCCUGUUCAAUUUGAAAUCCAUAGCAAGCACUGAUGUCGAAAUGAUGAACUACUUGACCGGUACAAGCAGGAAGGCUCCUGUCCAGGUACUCUAUGAAUGUGGCAUAUAUAGCAUUUUCUUUCAUGGAAGCAAGAUUCCAGAUGGAUUUGGCUUCACAAUAAUAUAUAGAUCUGUGCUGUCAGUUAUUGUACCUUCACAUCCCUUUCUAAAAAUCCGAGGCUUGAAUUCAUGUGUGUUAUAUGCAAGAGAACCAGGCUUGGAAUAUCGUCUUACUGUUCAGCAUUUGAUUAAAGUCAGUAAUCAGACCAAGGGUCUUAUGUGGACCUAUUCCCCACUCACAGUAGGUUUGCCUACUGAGAAGGAAGAUAUGUUAUGGCUAAGCCAUUUUCGAUUUGCAAACAACGAAUUGGAGUAUGGGGACGAAUUACGUGUUUCGGUUGAGAUGCAUGAAUUUGUCCGUGUAAAGGAAUUCGGAAUUCAGCUUGUGUACGAGCCGGAAAGACCUCCUUCUAGCCAGAAUAAUGUUGUUGCUGGAGAUGUGUCACUGUCAGCAUCAGAGUACCAAAUGUGGACAGGAAAAUACUUUCUCAGUAAUCAUGGGCACUGUACUCAUCAAGCUCAAUUCCGAAGGAGACAGGAGAAUCCAGCACAUAUUGAGUUUUCAUUUGGGCCAGAGCUUCUAUUUCAUAAAUUAUUCAAGGCCCGAGGACCAUUCGAAACUGUUGUGAAACUUAGAGCAUAUCCAGCAGAUUCCCCAUCUGCUUCUCCUUACCCAUUUUGGCUAAAAUAAAGAGAAACCUCCUCAGUUCUUUAUCCAGCAUCAUUCAUUUAUGGUUGGAAAGAAACAUCAGCAUCAGUUUUCUUGCGGGGAAAGCUCUAUGAACUCAGAACAACAAGGUCAUAAGACCAAUCAAGGAAACAAAACCGGAACAGUCCUCAUGAGUUAGCAGAUGAGGUUUGAAAACCCCUAUAGAGCAAAACCAACUUCAGCGUAACAGCAGUGGGACAACAUGUAUUUCUGAAAAUCCUGCAAUUAGUUUCCCUCCAAAGCCUACUCCUUACAAACGAAUCUUGAAUUCCUGCGACGUGGUAUUUGGGGUAACUUCUAUUUGGACA